UUCAUGAGAAAGAUUUAAAUUUAAACUAGGUAUAGUAAAGUAAGCUAUACCUAUGUGAUAUGCCACCUGAAACAAAAUGUCAAAGGUACAGUGCAGAAGCAAUGAAGGCAGCAAUAUUUGCUGUAAGAGAAGGGGGCCUUGCAAGAAAGGUUGCUGCAGCAAUAUAUGGUGUACCCCGUACAACAUUAGUUGAUAAACUUUCUGGAAAAUCUCGAGAAGGGAAAGGACGUGGUCGAGACCCCUUCCUUACAGACGAUGAAGAGGAAGCAAUCGUCACCUGGAUAAAGGAAUGUUGUCGCAGAGGUCUACCACCACAUAAGAACGAUAUCCUAAACACCGUUCAGCGCCUUAUCAAGGACAUCCCAGGGCGGAAAAGUCCUUUUCGUAAUGACAGACCUGGAAGAGGCUGGUUUGAGGGUUUCAUGAGACGCCAUCAAGAUCUGUCUGUGCGCAUCCCAGAGGGCGUUUCAAAAGCGAGAUCCCAAAUAAUAGAGUCUACCUCUUCAUCAAGCACUAGUGAUGCUGCCCCCUCUGCUACUCAGCCAUCUCAGUGUUCAUGCUGCUCAGAACUUUUACUUGCCAAAAAUUUCUAUGAAGAAAAUGUCAAAGUUGCAAUAAAGAGAUGUAAGCAUGCAAAUGAUAAUUGCUGCUGCAAGAAUAUGUUCAAAAAUAGUUUUGUAACAAUUCAAGAAGACAAAACAGACUCUACACCAACCUCUAGUAAAAAGACUGAUUGUUCCAAUUUUUUCUCUCGGUAUGACAGUGAACUAGAUGAAGAUGUUCAUUUCUGUAGGGUUUGCUGCAAGUACCCAAAUCCUGGCAGAGGUCGUGUUAGACCUGGAGAAUCAUGGACAGUUGGAAUCACAUUCAAAGACACCAGUAGCGAAAAUAAAGCAAAAAAAGUGCACCUGCAGAGUCGCCAGCACAAAGAAGCAAUUGCUUUCAGAAAUUGUGGAGAUGCACAUCAGAUUGAAUUUGGUCGGCCUACUGCAAAAGAGCGGCAAAAUGCAACAAAGAACACAAUGAUUGCUGGGAUAUUUAUGGCUUCUCAUUGCUUGCCAUACAGUUUAUAUACAGCUUUGUGCACUCUCCUUGCUAUCAUCUGCCCAUCUCAUUUAAGCCACCCUUUGGGCAAUCGAUAUCAGACAUACUCGGGCUUUAAAGAUGUGAUGUUGGCAAAUUAUGCAGCUUGUGCUACUACAAUGAGAAACUACUUCUCCACGACUUUCUCAGCAACAAAAAGUAAAAGGAAAUUCAGUAUCUUUUGUGACCAAGGCACAGCUGCCAAGGAUGUCUCACGCCAAGCUAUUGUUGCCACCUAUGUUGCUGAGAAUGGCCUGCCUAAGGAAGCUCUUUUGGAUUUGUCAAAGAUAAGGCAAGGAGAUGUGCUGACAACUGCAAAUCAUAUAAAACAAACCAUUGCAUCAUUCAUGGACCCAUCAUCAGUUGCUUUUAUAUGCUCAAGUGAACAUGCUGCAUGCACUGAAAUAAGAACUGUUGAAGAAGAACUAAAAGUUUCUGAAGAAUAUAAUUAUUUGGUUGGACUUCCGGACUUCUGCCACAAAAUGGAAAAAUUGCUGAAUGAGACAUUACCUCAAUGGGUCCUUGACACUUUAGCAACAUGCAGAGCUGUUGCAGCAUUCAUCAAUGACCACAAUGUCAAGGAUGAAAUUCACAAGCACAUCAAUGUAGUUCGAGGAUCCAUUUUCACUGCAAUCCCAAACCAGCCACAGAAUUGUUCUGCAGAAUAUGUUCACCUUCACUUAGAAGCCACUUUGAAAAACAUCCAAAUUUUCCUUGAAUCCUUACCAGGAUUUUUGGAUGAACAUAAUUCACUCAGUAUCAGAACCAAAAAUAUUUUGAAAUUGUUAGCUAAUGAAUCAUUUGUUGUCAGAUGCAUGAUGAUUUGCAGACUUUACAGAACCAUCUCUAACAAAGAAAAAGCUGCUCAAGAUCCUUGGUUUGGACCUUUAGAGUACAAGCACCAAGUUGACAGCCUUGCAUCAGAAUUGUGUGAACUGAAGGCUCCUUCUAUUGAGAUUCAGAGCUUCAUAAAGAGUGGAACUUUAAACUUCAACUCUGACACCUUCUCCUCCACUGAGCAUAGAGGCAUGAAUUUAGAAAGUGUGGCAUCAAAGCUAGGCAUAAAAACAAGAAAUACAUUGGAUGAAUCCAGAGAUAAUAUCUUAACUACAUUAAUUGAAGAGAAUUCUGCAUGGAUUGAUGAAAUUUGUUUGGAAGCUCCGAAUUACUUGUUAAUCCCUGUUCCUAUUGUACUUGCAACAGAAUCAUUUUCACUUCAUCAGGAGUUUGAUAUGAUUGAAGAAAACUUGACAGCAUUAAUAAAUCUGUUUGAUUUGUUGAAUGUGCAAUUUGAGUCAUGUGGCAGUGAGUGCAUGGGAGUUCGUGAGUGCACUUGUUUAAAAAAAGACUAUGUCAAAUUCAUGGAUGAUUUCCAAAGUGAAUGGGAGGCUGCACCUGACAACAAACUAAUCAGGAUUGGAAGCGCAACAGCACAGUCCUACACCCAUGCAUUUGCACAUUACAUCAGCACCAACAACAGCACACCAACGUAUCCAGUCAACAUCAUACGGUGCCUUGAAGUCAUCCAGCUCAUGAAGCCGACGCUAGCGGCCACGGAAAGAGUGAUGUCACAUGCGGAGAUUGCUGUGAGAAAUAGAUUUGAAUCCAAGUACUACACAAGUGAAACAAAACUUGAUGAAGAUGCUGUCUUUGAUGACAUUCAGAAUGAAGUGUUUCUCAGAUGCAACACAAACAUUGUACAGCAUGAUGCAGAACUGGCAAAAACAAUAUUUCUCACCAAACACAAAGAAUCACUAAUUCAAAACAAGAAAUCUACCACAAAAAGUCGAGCAAUAAAGAAUUAUAUGAGCAAACUUGGCAUUAAUGUUGCUAAAAAAUUUUCCCAGAAACGACAAAAUGUACCUGAUCAAAAACAGGCUGACUGCAAGAGAAGAAAAAUUGACUGUUGCCCUUCAGAUGUACUGGAGAAUACAGAAAAUUCUGCUCCAAUCAAUUCAGUACCAGCUCUUUCAGAGUCAGAUAAAAGCUCAGAAGUGAAGGCAGAAAUUGUCCUGGAGCAAUGCCCUGAAGAUGCAGACGGGUGUGUCUGGUGUGAUGAGCAGAGCCUCCCUCAAGUGUCUGCUGGUGAAGUGAAGUCUGAAGCAUUGGAAUUUGGUGCUCUGUCUUCAGACUGCAGUGUUGCCAUCGAGAAGAUGGACUGCCUUAUAGAUGAAGUAUAUGUCAAGGUGGAACCAAGGACUGCAGAGAGCAGCAGCGGCAAGUUGUCCACUGCUGGGGGAACUGCAGCAGCUGCUGGUGGCAGCAGCAAGUCGUCCACUGCUGGGGGAGCUGCAGUGGCCCCUGGCUGCAACAGUGAUGUCUUAGAAUCCUACAGCCCAACAGACGACCUAACGG